AUUCAAUUGAAAUGAAAGUGAGAGCCCUCUAAAAGUCUUUGUUCAAACCUAGGAAAACAACAGGCUUAUCAUCCUCCACCUUAUAGACAACUACACAUGAAACUAACAAGAAGAAUCUCAAUGACUAAUCACCUAAGUCAUCUUAACUCCAUUAUUGUUUUCUAAGAUCAAGAACCUCCAAGACACAUUUUUUUUUUUUUAAUCUAUCAAUAGCCAUGGACAAUAGAAAGUUACUUCAAUUUACAAACCAAUCUGUAGAUUGUCUGUAUUUUUGUGAUUCAUCAUGUCCUUUUGGCUGUUAUCCAAAAGCAGACUUAGAUUAUUUUCCCCCUCCAUCACCACCACCUCCACCGCCGCCGCCACAAUUAAGUAGCAAGCAUCAUCAGAACAUAUCACCUUAUAUUAUCAUCUCUGUUGCCUUAUUUGCUAGCUUGUUCCUUCUUGUUAGCUACUAUUUGAUCAUUGUCAAGAAUUGCUUAAAUUGGAACAGGAGAAGAACCCCACCACCACAAAGCUCUGAUGAAGAAUUUUUUGACGAAAAUCGAGCUCCAGUAUUUGAUCAUCCAAUUUGGUACAUCAACACUGUUGGUCUUCAGCCAUCUGUUAUUGAUAAGAUUACUAUUUUCAAGUUCAAAACAGGGAAUGGUAUGAUUGAAGGAACAAAUUGCUCUGUUUGCUUGAAUGAAUUUCAAGAUGAUGAGUCUCUUAGAUUACUCCCGAAUUGUAAACAUGCUUUUCAUAUCCAUUGUAUAGACACGUGGCUUAGAUCACACACCAAUUGCCCCUUGUGUCGUUCUGGCAUUGUAAACAGUUUAAAUGCACCUGCAGUGGUUUCAAUCGAACCGAAUUUAGGUACUAUUUUGAGUACCAAUGAAGGAAGUCUGCUAGAAAAUGAUGAACAGAGAGAAGUGAGUAGUAACAAUGAGGUAACGAAUCGCGAGUUUCGCGGUAAUCAGGAAGAGUUUUUGCAGAUUGAGAGCAUGGGAACUUCAAGAGAUGGGGAAGUACAACCAAUGAGGAGGUCAGUUUCAGUGGAUUCUUCAAUUAGUUCAAGUAUAGGGCUUGAUCAUAUGUCUAUGUUGUCAAGAAUGAGUGAAGGGGAAAAUUCAAGUGCAAGGAUAACGAGCACCACCGGCAGUGCUUCAACUCUGCAUAAAGAAGAACCUGUUUUGAUGAAGAGAUCAUUUUCUUAUGGUGGCAGGUCUUUCUUCUCAAGAUCCCAUCGUAGUCGAAGUUCAGUGCUUCCAUUGUGAAAUACGUUUAUUAAUUUCUUUCAGAAAACAUAGCUAGGAUACUCUGGAAGUUCAAGAUCCUAAACUGUGAAUAACAUCAAGGUUAUGUUUUAAAGAGGAGCACUAUGAACGAAGAAUAAGAUACCAGAAGUGAUUAUGAUUCAUGAA